GCGGUGCGGCUGGAGUCGGCGCGGCCGCGGCGGGUGCGGUACCUGCUGGUGGUGCGGUCGGAGGAGGCGGGAGCCGAGGCAGAGACGGCGCUGCUGGGAGUGGAUUUUGCCCACGAAGGGGCCACCCUCUGCACCCUGGGCAUGGUGCUGCCCCUCUGGAGCGACACCCAGGUGUUCCUCGACGGCGACGGGGGUUUCAGCGUGACAUCGGGGGGAGAGACACGCAUCUUCAAGCCCAUCUCUGUGCAGACCAUGUGGUGAGAGAAGCCUGGGUGUGGCCACGGGGGGUGUGAGCACAAGGGGGGUGGCACCACCUCGAGGACUGGGGACAUGGGCACUGCCAUGGGCACAGGGGAUCUCAGCUCCAUUACAGACACGGGAGAUGUGGCACUGUUACGAACACAGGUGAUGCUGUCACCAUCCUGGUGUCGCACUAUAUUAGGAACGACAAAGCACGACGCUGACUCUCUUCUGGGUUGCACAAGAGCGCAAGUUUUAUUAUUCCAGAUCUUCUUUUAUAGACAGGUCCAAGAGGUAAAACUCUCAUUGGUCAUUAAACCAACACAUCACCAUCACUGGUCAAUUGGGAACAACUCCCCUUGACUGUUUCUUACAAGGAAACUACAAGGAUCCAAACAAUACCUGCAAAUGUUUUCCUUCUCUAAGGACUGUUUGGAUUUCUCCAUACGAUUUCUCAGGCCAGAGUGAGAACUUUGUGUGACUUAGUUUCACACAGGCUCUGUGCUCCCCUGCCUGCUUUCUUACAAUCAGCAUCCAUAAUCCCGGGUGUGGGGAUGUGGGCACCACGCUGGACACAGGGAUGCGUGCACGGGGCAUUUGGCUAUCACCAUGGCCACCACCAUGGGCCCCUGGGCACAGUCAUGGGGAAGGAGCUGGGGAGAGUUUGGGUGGCACCCACAAGCUGGGGACAACCAGUGAGGGGGACAUAGGUGUCGGGGUGGUGGCGGGGUGGCGCUGGCAGUGCA